AUGCCCACCAGAUGGAAAUUGAAUACAGGUGCAGAGAUCCCAGCCAUUGGAUUUGGCACCUGGCAGGAUCAGUCAGAGCAAGAAGCUGCUGUAGCGGAGGCUAUCAAGGCGGGAUACCGCCACAUUGACACUGCACGCGUUUACGGCACCGAGGAAGCCGUCGGUAAUGGCGUCAAAAAAAGCGGCAUUCCACGAAAUGAUAUCUUCAUCACCACAAAGCUCUGGAACAACAAGCAUCACCCUGACGAUGUGGAGUCAGCUCUGCAGCAGUCCCUGAAUGAUCUCAAAAUGGACUACGUUGAUCUGUAUCUGAUGCACUGGCCUGUAGCUUGGAAGCGAGGCGAGGAUCUCUUUCCAAAGGAAAAUGGGAAGCCGGCCAUGGAGUCCAUUGACAUCGUCGACGUAUGGUGCCAUCUUAGAUCCCGUGUUAUGAUGCCAAGAGUGCUGACAAAAGCCCAGACGUAUAAAGCAAUGGAAAAGCUGCUGAAGACCGGCAAAGCCAAGGCGAUUGGAGUCUCGAAUUGCGACCAGUCUGAGAUGAUGCGCCUAGUCAAUGAGUGCACCAUCGUUCCUGCUGUGCACCAGAUUGAAUGUCACCCAUGGCUGCAGCAGCAUGACUUCACAGAAUGGCAUCGAAAGCAUGGUAUACAUGUGACACACUACUCGCCGUUUGGAAACCUGAACACCAUUUACAGUGCGAAAGGCAAAGGUGGAACUGAGAAGCUCGUCGAGGAGCCCGUGUUGAUCGAGAUAGGCAGGCAGUAUGAGAGAACGGCUGCUCAGGUUGCCCUUGCUUGGGGGGUUUCGCAGGGUCACUCAGUGCUGCCAAAGUCCAAAACACCUGCAAGAAUCAGGUCCAACUUGGACGGAGACUUCAAACUCAGCCCGGAAGACAUGGCGAAGAUCGCGCAAAUUAACAGGAAGAUCCGUUUCAAUGACAGCAGUGGCGAGUUUGGCAGGGAUUUCUUUGUUGAUCUGGAAGGAAAGUAG